AUGGAAGUCUGCGACGAGGUGCGGUCGUUUGAGGCCACCGGCGUCUACCGCCUCGAUGGCACCUGCAGCAGAACCGGAGCCACUUUCCUCGACCCGGUCCGCCUCCUCAACGCGUGCUACCAGCGCUUCCACAUCGUCCCUUCUGCGUACUACUCCCGAAGCUUCAGCCCCCAGCAUCAGGAAGGCGAGCCAGAGAUCGAGCGGCCCGAGAAACGGAGGAAGCGCAAGCGUAAUCAGAAGCCGAAGUCCAGGGAGCUCAAUCCCAUGGAGCAAAUCGCUGAAGCCCGGCACCAGGAAGCGAGGCCUUUACUGUUGAAAGCACAUGAAUCACUCAUUAAGGCUAAACAUCUACUGGAGUACAUUUCCAAGACAAUUAAAGGCAACGAGCACACACUUGAUGCAGGAAGUGGUUCUGAGAAUAAUUUCGUUGAGCUUGGGACCUCAUGGCGAGCACCUUUCUAUGAGAUCACUCUUUGCUUCCGGAAACCCCAUGUUCAGGGCAAUGAGGAAGGUUCCUUUCAUGCCCAAAAGACAUCAUUUCCUCUCUUUAAUAGCAUAAUCAGUGUUGAAGGGAUCGACGAGGCAGAAGGAGAAUUCCAGAAUAGGCAUUAUAUUUUACCAAGAGGAAGUUGCUUCUUGAUGACUGACUUCAAACAGGUUAGAGAUCUCAUUCCUUGUAGUCCAAAUCAAGGGUAUAAUCUUAUAGUUAUUGACCCACCUUGGGAGAAUGGAUGUGUUCGUCAGAAAGAAGCGUAUCCUACACUUCCCAACAGAUAUUUGUUGUAUCUUCCAGUGCAAGAACUUGCCCAUCCAGACGGAGCGCUUCUUGUUUUGUGGAUUACAAAUAGGGAGAAACUGCGGGCAUUUGUUGAGAAAAAACUGCUUCCUUCUUGGGGAGUGAAAGAUCCCACCGUGUUUUAUUGGCUUAAGGUGAAACCUGAUGGUUCUCUAAUUGGUGAUUUAGACUUGUUCCAUCACAGGCCUUAUGAGUGCCUCCUCCUUGGCUACAUAAAUGUUAACACAAAUGCUAAGCAAGGGUCUAACUUCAAGUUUUUAGAAGGAAGCCAAGUAAUCAUGAGUGUCCCAGGUGCUCACUCAAGGAAACCUCCCCUUGAGAGUAUCCUUCAAGUGUCCCUUGCCUUUAUAACUUGGAAUAGACAGUGGUUCUCCAAGGACUACUGCGAGUACUUGUCGAAUGUUCAUGAGAAGAUCUUUGCCGACGAGAGCUCUGCGCCUCUGCCGGCUGCCGCAAGCAAACUAACGGAAGCCCGGGCUGCAAAUGGGACGAUGCGCGCGGCGGAGACUGACUACGUGUUGAGACUUGGGCGGCGUAUGGCAAUGCUUGUGCGUAACGGUACGAGGCGUCGUGGCGACGCCACCCAUGGUGCCGAGGCCGUUGCACCCGCAGCCGACGGCGACGCCCAGCUCGACCCGGCUGCCCUAGCCUCCUGUUUCAAAACAUCGCGUCAGGGGUCAGAGUCCCCCUUGCCGGAGGUACCCCGCAUCCGGAUGGCCCUACCCACCGCUUCCUCCAAGGUAGCCAGUGCCAGGGCGAAGCUAGCUGAGAGAACCAAGACGCUGGCCAAUUCGAAGGCGAAGGGACGACUGGAUGAUCAAGAGAAGCGGGGCAAGCAUGGAAGGCUCGUCCCGUCACUUGGGUGCAGGACCUCGCCUCCUCUGAUGCCAGUUGGCUCCGAUGCGAAGAAGAAGAGUUUUGUGAAAAGCCCCUCUAUGCCGCAUUCCGCAUUCCAUGAUGAAGAAUGGGGAGUUCCCAUUCAUGAUGACCGAAUGCUAUUCGAGCUGCUCACACUUUCACAAGCCUUAGGUCAACUCACCUGGCCUUCUAUUUUGAGCAAGAGGGAGGAAUUCAGGGAGAUUUUCGAUGGCUUCAACUUUGCAUUGGUAUCUGAAUUCACGGAGAAGAAGAUAAACCUAUUGAGAUCUAAUGGAAUCGUGCUGCUGUCAGAGCAUAAGAUUCGCGCAGUUGUAACAAAUGCUAAGCAAAUGCAGAAGGUGGUUAAGGAAUUCGGAUCGUUCAGCAACUACUGCUGGAGCUUUGUGAACCACAGGCCCAUCACAAACGGCUUCCGCUAUGCUCGCCAUGUACCUACAAAGACGCCGAAAGCUGAAGCCAUAAGCAAGGACUUGAUGCGCCGAGGGUUCCAGUGUGUUGGACCUACAACGAUCUACUCUUUCAUGCAGGUUGCCGGGAUCGUUAACGACCAUCUGUCAUGUUGCUUCAGAUUUCAGGCUUGCAACCAGCACAAGGCCAGUGAAAACGAUGUGAGACCAGAGCCAGCACUGCCUGAUAGAAGGCUGAGCUCGCCAUCUUCGGAGGAUUCAGAUACCAGGGAGGUGUAG